CGUGGGUAACCGGCAUGUUCCACCGCACACAAGGGACGACGCUGCGCCACUUCCCUCAGAAGCCGCGAGCCCUUCGGAGUCGAGACUUCGCUCCUUUACUCUGGUCUACGCCCCCUGGAGGCCAUUUCUGACAGGCGCUCCCUUCCCGGCUUCCGGUGAGGGCGGGUUGAUAGCUGCCCGCGCCUCCUCUCCACCUCCCAGACCAGCAGAGGCAGCAGCAGAAGCCGCAGCUCCCGCCAGCCCCUCCCGCCGUCGCCAUUCCUCGCCCGCCCGGCUCUCUCCUUCCCUCCCUCCCCGGGGCCCCUCGCCUCCGGAUCGCUCCUUCCUCCCCAUUCCUCCCUUGUUUUUCCUCCCCCUCUCUUCCCUUCCCCGGUCUCUCCGCACAUCCCGUCCUCUCGGCGGUCACCUCUUGUCCCGUGUAACUCGGAAGUUGUCAUCUCCUGUGACCAAAGACUGCAUUGUUCAUCGUCUGGCUGUUGCCCUGAUAUACCAGGCCUCAUCUCAUCAUGGACACUGGUGUUAUUGAAGGAGGCCUGAACGUCACCCUCACAAUCAGACUGCUGAUGCAUGGCAAGGAAGUUGGUAGCAUCAUUGGAAAGAAAGGAGAGUCUGUUAAAAAGAUGCGUGAAGAGAGUGGGGCACGGAUAAACAUCUCAGAAGGCAAUUGCCCUGAACGUAUUAUCACAUUAGCGGGCCCAACAAAUGCCAUUUUCAAAGCAUUUUCAAUGAUUAUUGAUAAACUGGAAGAGGAUAUCAGCAGCUCCAUGACCAACAGUACAGCAUCCAGCAAACCACCAGUUACUCUGCGUCUGGUAGUUCCUGCAAGCCAAUGUGGAUCCCUAAUUGGAAAAGGAGGCUGUAAAAUAAAGGAAAUCAGAGAGAGCACCGGGGCUCAGGUACAAGUUGCAGGAGAUAUGCUGCCUAAUUCCACAGAGCGUGCUAUCACUAUUGCUGGUAUUCCGCAGUCCAUCAUAGAGUGCGUCAAGCAGAUCUGUGUGGUAAUGCUAGAGUCUCCUCCCAAGGGGGUUACCAUCCCAUACCGGCCCAAGCCCUCCAGUUCUCCUGUGAUAUUUGCCGGUGGUCAGGUGUCGCGCCAGGCCGGAGGGCAUGCAUGUGAGACUGACCUGUGGGAGGGGCGGAGGUCCCACACAGGGGGAGUCUCCCUAGAUGCUGUGGAUCUCCACGGGGCCUACACCAUUCAAGGACAGUAUGCCAUUCCUCAGCCUGAUCUGACCAAGUUACACCAACUGGCAAUGCAGCAGUCUCACUUCCCUAUGUCCCAUAGUGGCAACACCGGAUUCAGUGGAGGUAUUGAUGCUUCAGCUCAGACAACCUCUCAUGAACUCACCAUUCCAAACGAUCUGAUCGGCUGCAUCAUUGGACGUCAGGGAGCGAAAAUAAAUGAGAUCCGCCAGAUGUCUGGAGCACAGAUUAAGAUCGCCAACCCCGUUGAAGGUUCCACUGAUCGUCAGGUUACAAUUACUGGAUCAACAGCCAGCAUUAGUUUGGCCCAAUACCUUAUCAAUGUCAGUCUAGAAACUGCUAAACCCUCCUCUUCCCAGAGCGUCACGACCCCUGACCUUCUCAGCAUCUCUCAGUCCUCCACCCCUUCUUCCUCUUCCAACGCUGCCCCCUCUCUGGUGAACGCUUCCACGGCCGGGGGUGGCGAACCCUCCUCAGCCUCCACAUCCUCUUCCUCCUCCUCGGACACACCUUCCAGCCUCCCUAAUCCCUCGACUGUCCCUUGUGUCUCCAAUCUGCUUGACAUGAAACCUGUCCCGCUCCUGGCUCUAAAUGUCGUGUCCACAGCCUCCUCUACCUCAUCCUCCUCUGCUGCUCCUGCCUCUGCCGCCCAGCAAUACUCUAAAGUGAAAUCGGACAAGCAGCGCUUCUCUCCCUACUGAGUAGCCUGUGGUUACUUCUCUAUGUAACAAUUUAAUGGACUGUCUUUAUCAUGUUGGACCUGCUGUAAAUCCCCAUAAUGCUGCAAAUUGAAGGUAUUCUGUCAUCUGUGACGUCACUGUACAACCAAGCAUACUGCCAUAUGCUGGCCUGAUUUUCUUACCUGAUUCCAGCUGUGCCAUUCCUGGGGCCAUCGUGACCUUCUUGCAUAUCGCUUUUUUUUUAAAUAUGCAGGUGCUGCCUCCAGUAUAGUGAGGGUGGUACCAUUGCACUCAUUGCACAGAAGCUCCAUUGACGGCCAGCCCCUUCCUCGGCCUUUGACGGGACUAGGCGAUAGGUACGUAAUUUCUCCUGGUCCUGUCUGUUUGGGGGAGGAGUUCGGCUGUGAAUGGAGCAGAGCUUGUGUGCUGUGACGGUAAUGACACUGUCCUGGUUACACUAUAGGUGUCAUUUGUGUAUUUCAAAAAAGCAGAUUUUUAUCUGCAAGGGAGUCAGACUUGACUGGCACUAUGCUUGGUUGCAGAGUGAUGCCACCGACAGCCUCCCUUUAAGCAAUCUAAAUGAUUUUGGGUUCUAAUGAUUACUGAUUUGAAGGGUAGUUUGCUGCCUCUUUGUGCAUCUUUUACCUUACCAAUAGUGUUAGCUGUCUUUAUAGCUUUGAUCAGCCUUCACUGUAUUUCAAUAAAACAGCUAAUAGUUUGUU